UCGCAAUCCUACCACAUUGAUCGUACCAGGUCGAUUCGCAACCGACCAUGGCGACCACCUCCGCCGCCGCACCACCUCGAAAGUGGUGGCAGGUCCCUCGCCCGCUCCAGAAGGUCUUUGAUACAUUUCCUCUCCUCGCCUACGACGUCAACGCCCUCCCUGGUCGAGCACAGUCAGCCACUUCUGGCGACCUUCCUACACUUUAUGUCUUUUCAACUGAGGAGGAAGCGUUACUAGGGGCACCGAGCUUCAACCCUAGCUGUCUGAAGUGGCAGGCCUUCCUCAAGCUUGCCGGCGUCAAGUUCCAAAUCUUGCCCUCGACAAACCAUGCCUCACCUACCGGCGCACUCCCGUUUAUCCUUCCUGCAAGAUCGUCCCCUACCGAUGUCCCGUCGCCAAUUCCAUCUUCCAAACUCCACGGUUACGCCCUCAAGUACGGUACCUCCAACCCUCCAGAGGUGUCAGCUUUGAGGCUCGACGCCUACCAAGCCCUCCUCGAUGUCCCUAUCCGAAAUGUCUGGCUACAGGCUCUCUAUCGCGACCCUGAAUACACAGAUCUGCUAGACAGGUUCUACAUCACGCCAGCCUCCUCCUCUUACUGGGUGCGCGGCGCACUCAGGCACCAACUGCGUCGAGCAGCAGAGACCGAGAUCCUAAAGACCGGACCCGGUGGAGCUGCUUCUACGGCGAUCUCUUUACUAGUAGAUGAACACUCUGUGUACAGAGCGGCUGUCAAUGCGUUGGAGGCUUUGGCAACAUUGCUCUCGGAAAGUAAAACUGGGUGGUUCUUCGGAGCGGAGACGCCGUCAAUGUUUGAUGCAAGUGUUUUCGCUUACACGCAUUUGAUGCUCAAGUAUAUGAGCGACGCCGAGGGCGAAGUAGAGGGAGAGAAGGGUUACAUUUUGGCGUCCCGGAAGUUAGGGACUCUGGUUAGGAGUGCUGGAUCGGGAGAGUUGGAGCAGCACCAUCGCCGUUUGUUCGAGCUGCUUUGGCUGGCAGAUUCAAACGCUGAAUUGUUAGACGCAAAGGCUUGAGGGAACAAGCUGCUGCAAGUACAGCUACAAGCUUGACAUGGAAACGCAUGACGAAGGCUACAACAAAAGUAAAUUGUACAACGUUUGUAAGAUACACCGGAUAAACAGAGGGCAACCUUAUAGAUAGAUACCCCGAUGAACCUUGUUGUCAGGUUGGUUCAACAACCG